AAGGAUCGGACAGGGUCAGCUGCCCUAAAGCAACGGCCUGGGCCAUCUGUGGAUCAGAAGUUGCGGAAGGGACUGUUUCUGUCCCUGUGGGUCAACAGGCAUGGGUAACAAUCACGCAACUUUGGAUGACAUCCUGGCUGAGGAUAUGCACCACUGGUAUAACAAAUUCAUGAAGGAGUCUCCGUCAGGUCUGAUCACGCUGUUUGAACUCAAGUCCAUUCUGGGAUUGCAGGGUAUGAAUGAGGACGCAAACAGUUACGUGGACCAGGUGUUCUUCACAUUCGACAUGGAUGGGGACGGGUAUAUCGAUUUUGUGGAAUACAUUGCUGCCAUUAGCUUGAUGCUUAAAGGGGAAAUCAACCAGAAACUCAAGUGGUACUUCAAACUUUUUGACCAGGAUGGCAAUGGAAAAAUUGACAAGGAAGAAUUGGAGACUAUAUUCACGGCAAUACAAGACAUUACAAGAAACCGUGACAUUGAGCCUGAAGAGAUAGUGACUCUCAUUUAUGAAAGGAUUGACGUGAAUGGGGAGGGUGAACUGACGCUUGAAGAGUUUAUCGAAGGAGCUAAAGAACAUCCUGAUAUAAUGGAAAUGCUCAAGAGCCUGAUGGACCUUACUCCAGUCUUACUUAUCAUUGUUGAGGGUCGAAUGCCCUAAAUUUGACUAAACAUUCCAGGGACAAAAAAUAUGACAAUCCCCCAUCAUAGCACUAUUUUUCAAGAUGUUCGGCAAUCCCACUCUGAGUAUCAGAUGUAGCUCCUCACGCUUGAUCCCCACAUAAGGAAGUUCUGGGAAGAAUUCAGACGAAUCCCGGAUCAUUGUGUCGGAGCUGUCCAGAGCCAAUCAUUGAUCUUUUAAUGCGAUGAGUACAGAGGACCAAGGAACUGCUGGCAGGACUUGGGAGCGAACCACAUUGUGCUUUAAAAAGAAAGGCUCAGUAUUGAAAGCUGAGCAAAGAGUCAUGACUUUCAUUGAUAAGCACAACCGUAAUCCAUCCUGUCUAAAACCUGUUUAGUUCAACUGUUUAUGGCAUCCAGAAGUAUCAAUAUGGUGUCAAUAUAUUGCAAGUGAAUUGGGACACAGUCAAUUGCCUUUGUGGUCUGAAUUUCCAAGAGAACAAGAGGCAAUCAGAUGAGGUAUAGAAUACCAAAAAAACAGAACUUUAUACGUCUCGAAUUCACAGUUGCAUUGUACAGAAUCUCAAAAACUGCAUUGCUACCAUUUGUUGCAUUAGGCCAAGAAUUGUUUUGUCCAAUCUAAACUCUUGUUGAAUGUUUCCUGUGUGCAAAAUUUUAACUGCAUAUUUCAAACUCAUAUAGAGAUAUGUAUAUUACUGUAAAAUCCCAGUUUAGAGGCUGACACUUAUAGACAUAUAGGCAACUAUCAAAAACAAAUAUAAGUGUGUCACAAAUAAGUAACUUAAACAGUGUUCUCAAACACAUACCAUUGUAUGUCAUGCCUGAAUAGGUCAUAACUGGGGGAAAAAGGGGGAGUUCUUGAUGUGCUUUCAUGACUUUUAAGGUGAAGGUGGUAUAUUAAGAAGAUGUGAAGUGUUUUAAACUGGCCUUUUUGACUUUGAAAUGGUGUCUUUUAAUGGAGGCAAUGAAAGCUUAGUUAAAAGCUUCCUCACAGAGAUUAUUCCAGUUUCGUACCAUGGAAUCUAGACUUGCAUCUGGUGGGAUUUUUAUUUGAUAAUUUUCAUUCUAGACACAUACCACACAAGUUCUUCAAUAGGAUUUUGUUUUUCUGUACUUUGUAACAAUCAGCUAAUAUAUUAUCUGAGAUGGAA